GUGGGUGGGUGGGAGGAGGAGGAGGAAGGAGGGGUCUGUGUGUUGUCGCUGAGCUCCGCGUGGGGUCGCCAUCGCUGCAACAUUCAGUGACGCCCGCCCGCCCGCUCGCUCCCUCCAUUAUUCAAGAUGCGCGCCCCCAAAAUUUAAUCCACACGGCGCGCCCUGGACACCUGCAAGGACAACGAAGCACACACGCGCACGUUCACGCGCACGUUCACGCGCACGUUCACACGCACGUUCACACGCACGUUCACGCGCACGUUCACACGCACGUUCACGCGCACGUUCACAACACGCGCGAGCGGCGUACAGCAGCACUGGCAUUCAAUUUUUUUUUUAAUCCGUCAUAUACACACACACACAGACGUGUUUGGGUUUAACGAAAAUGGCCACCCUCCUGCGCAAAAUCGGCUUCAGUCGCUUGCGUCCGCCCGUCGUGACACUCAGUCCGCAGGUGUCCAGGAAAGGCACGGUCAGCCUGGACGUGUUGAGGGCGAGCAGCAGCAGCAGCAGCAGCGGCGGCGGUGGCGGGGCACAGCAGCAUCAGCAGCAUCAGCAGCAGCAUCUCGCGGGGGUUCUGAACGCUUCGGGUACCAAGGACAGCGCCUCGGACACCAAGAAACAGCAGCAGCAGCAGCAGCAAAAUCACGAUCAGCGACAUCAUCAUCAGCAGCAGCAGCAUAAUCAGCAGCAACAGCAUCAUCAUCAUCAGCAUCAUCAGCACCAUCAUCAGCACCACCAUCAUCAUCAGCAGCACCCGCCCGCUCCCGCGAGCUCCACGCAGUGCCGCCAGGUGCGCGCGCGCCGCCUCAUGAAGGAGCUGUCCGAGCUGAGCCGCCUGGGCCACGAGGUCCUGAGCGUGGAGCUCGUGGGGGAGAGCCUCUUCGAGUGGAACGUCACGCUGCGGCAGAUAGACCUCGAGUCGGCGCUCUGGCAGGACAUGCGCGAGGCGGGCGCCGACGGCGUCCUCCUCAACCUGACCUUCCCCGAGAACUUCCCCUUCUCGCCGCCCUUCAUGCGCGUGCUGAACCCGCGCAUCGACAACGGGUUCGUUCUCGACGGAGGCGCCAUCUGCAUGGAGCUGCUCACCCCCAAGGGGUGGUCGAGCGCCUACACCGUGGAGGCGCUCGUGCGACAGUUCGCCGCCAGCCUCGUGACGGGCCAGGGGCGAAUCAGCCGCAAGAAAAAGGCGUUCACGAGAAAGGAGGCACAGGCGACGUUCCGUAGCCUCGUGAAGACCCACGAGAAAUAUGGAUGGGUCACUCCGCCAUCCUCCGACGGAUAGACGCCGCCUUGACCUCUUGACCUCGCUUCUCCUGCCCAUCGUCGAGUUGGCUCUGGCUCUCCCCACACUACCACCCACCACCACCACCCACCCACCCUCACUUGCUAUCGGUCAUUGACGAAGCCGCCGCGACACCCGUCGGCGUGGUGAGCGUUGUUGGGACCGUGAGAGAAUAGAAUUAGAAGUCGAGGAAGUGUCGACCCCCACCCACACCCCCCCCCCCCCCCAUCGACCACCCCUCCCAAAUCAUAAUCGGUCUCUGGAUUUGAACGUCGGGAUGUAAUUUGCGAGCGCUCUUCGAGAUAUCAUUGUUAUUGUUGUUGUUAUUGUUGUUAUUGUGACUACUACCGCUGAAUUGUUAUUUCACGACGUGCACCGGAGGACGAGCGCUGCGGUGACGGAGCAAAUGAGUUCGCCCCCAAGCGCAGGAGGCCCACUGAUGUUGGCCGGCAAACGGACCACGAGGCCAGGCGACCGUGUGUGGCGGCGGCGGCCUUCAUCCGGCAGUGGAUAGAUCAUGGCUUGUUGACGACGAUGAUGACGAUGACGACGACGACGAUGACGACGAUGACUGCUUCGCGUGAUGUUGGCGCUAUCGCUUGCCGAGCGAGUUCAUCGCUUGCCGGAGGAACGUACGCCCAUCUCUGCGAGGCAGUAUUCACAAGAUUGCGUUGAACGUUACCGUAGCCUGCGGGAGUUUAUGAGACGCUCCGGACGGUGAGGCGCGCGAACCCGGGCCACGAACUUGCACGCAAAUCAGGACACGCACGGACCGAGACACAUUGCCUGUAACAGACUGCUUGGGGCGAGUGCUGUUUAGCGGGCACGGCAUACGAGGGAGUGGGUGGGUGGCCGAGCAGCACGCCCGGCCGCCUUUGUCUCCCCUCCUUGCCAAUGUUUAACGCAGCGCACCAGGAACUCGAUCUGAGGCUGUGUCGACCUAGGAGAGGCCCGGCACCGGCUCCAGAUAAUCGUCACCGGGUGUGUUUGUGGCCGUGAGCGGGAAUCGCACCCCGGGUCGCCGGGUUCCUUAACCGCUGCACCACCGCUCCUCACAAGUGCCGCUAGCGUGCGCCCACACACGCACACACACGCGCACACACCUCACACCUGCCUACCGGAUUAUAGGGCACGCUCAGAAUGUUUGCUUUAAUAUACGAGUGCCGGCGGGCGCGCAGGGGAAGGGUGCUACGUGUAAUCCAGAGCCUGCGGCCAUUUCUCUCCAGCGUCAUGCUCCAAUGAACCCCUCGUGCGGUAGAGUCUUUCGCGGUGGACGGGGUGGAAUUCCGCCGUCAGACACGUGACGUUAACGAGAUGACACCUGCUGAGCGACGUCGCGCGGUACAGACACGACAGUGCCAUCACUGGACUCUACUUAUGCGCUCCCUUCGCCGACCCGCACGCACCGGCGCGGUGAAGUAUGGUCAAAUGGGCCCCCCCCCCCCGACAGGGGCAGCGUGGGGGCAGGCACGGCGGUUAGCGCGCUCCGCCGCCGAUUUGGCAACCCGAGUUUUGAUUCCUGGGCUCCAAGCUCACCUUACACCAACCCCCGUGCUGACCGGUGUGGUGAAGUAUGGUCAAAGGGCCAUCACAAACGACGCGGCGUGGGGAGGCCUUCAUCCAGCAGUGGAUUGAUAAUGCCAAAAAAAUUGAUCAUCGUUAUACUUAUUAUAAUUGUUAUUUGACUGGUCAGGUGUCUCAGCGGCAGUGCGAGCCUGAGAUGGAGAGUUACGGGGGCUGACUCGGCCCAUCAGCCCUCUAGGGUCGAUAAAACGAGGUACCGGUUUGGUGGGCGUAAGAAGUAAUUUCCCCGUGGAAAUGUGGGAUUCCCACCACUGGCUUGGGGCUGUAAAACAACAGGAGAUGCGCACCACCUAGAAGUGUCCAUUUGAGCAAAACAAACAGCAUCGAUAACCCUUUUAAACUUAAUAUUUCUUCACUUAUAUCGGGAAUAUAAAAAGAGUUAACUACCAAAAAAAACAUUAUCGAUUUUAAUUUCGUCAUGCCAUUUGUGUUCACGCACGAGAGCCCAGAAUGGGCAAGGCGCUUGAAAUAUCAAACGUGGUGAACGUGUGGUCGUUCUAACUGUAAACUGGUUUCGCUUGCAUUUGGGCUCAUCAGUGAUCGUGCCGUCCUUCGCAACAUGACAACCACGUGGAGUUUCACCAUUGUCGAGUAUCGUCAGUGUGGCAUGGUCCUGUCGGCUUGCGUGGCAAUUGGGUACAGGAUUCGGAAUCACGAGAACUCGUUCGUGAUCGUGUAGGCCCUGUUAUUCUUCAUGGCAAUUGGAUAAGAAGUCGUCAUCAUUGGGGAUCAUCGGUGACAGUGCAGACACACAUGACGACUGUGUAAUGGUUUCACAAUCAUUAGGGAUCAUCGGUGAUAAUUCAGACACACAUGAAGACUGUGUAAUGGUUUCACAAUCAUUGGGGAUCAUCGGUGAUAAUUCAGACACGUAUGACGACUGUGUAAUGGUUUCACAAUCAUUAGGGAUUAUCGGUGAUAGGGCAGACACACAUGAAGACUGUGUAAUGGUUUCACAAUCAUUAGGGAUCAUCAGUGAUAAUUCAGCCACUUCUGACGACUGUGUAAUGGUUUCAUAAUCAUUAGGGAUCAUCGGUGAUAAUUCAGCUACACAUGACGACUGUGUAAUGGUUUCACAACAUUAGGGAUCAUCGGUGAUAAUGCAGCCACACGUGACGACUGUGUAAUGGUUUCUCAAUCAUUAGGGAUCAUCGGUGAUGAUUCAGCCACAUAUGACGACUCUUUAAUGGUUUCACAAUCAUUAGGGAUCAUCAGUGAUAGUGCAGACACGUAUGACGACUGUGUAAUGGUUUCACAAUCAUUAGGGAUCAUCGGUGAUAGUGCAGCCACAUAUGACGACUGUGUAAUGGUUUCACAAUCAUUGGGGAUCAUCGGUGAUAAUUCAGCCACAUAUGACGACUG